GAGUUCGGAGCAAUUAAGGAUACAAAUGUCAAAUCACAGCUGCUGCAAUAAACAGAAAGUGAAGAGAGGGCUUUGGUCCCCCGAGGAAGAUGAGAAGCUCAUCAACUACAUCUCCACCUACGGCCACGGCUGCUGGAGCACCGUUCCUAGACUCGCAGGAUUGCAAAGAUGUGGAAAAAGCUGUAGGUUGAGAUGGAUCAACUACCUAAGGCCUGAUCUCAAGAGAGGCAAUUUCACCCCACAAGAAGCUGCCCUCAUCAUUGAGCUCCACAGACUCUUAGGCAACAGAUGGGCUCAAAUAGCGAAGCAUCUACCGGGAAGAACAGACAAUGAGGUGAAGAAUUUCUGGAACUCGAGCAUCAAGAAGAAGAUCAUGGCACAUCACAACAUGUCCUCAGCAUUAAUCUCUUCUUCCUCAAAUCUCAUGAGCGAUUACAUGGGCAACAAUCUCAUAAUCGCAAAUAAUCCCCAAAUCGACCAUACAAACCCUAAUUCCCAAUUUGAGCCUUUGAUGAAUUACGCCCCCAAUUUAGCCCUAAUUCACCACGCCCCAAUUUCGCUCGAUUCCGAGCUCCACUCAUGGCCGAUCACAUGCAAUCAAGCUGUGAAACAGGAUCACGGCGCUGCCGCGUUCGGAUUCGACGGUUACGAUCAUGAUUCGGGGCUGCUGGAUGCGCUGAUGCCGGAGCUAGCUGAGAUGGCGAAAGGGUUUGAAUUUGGGGUUUCUGCAAAUGCUGGUGAUGUUAUGCAAGAUGGGCUUGAUUCGGGCUUCGGGCCGCUCUAUCCCAACCAUAUCAAGAACAUAUCGUCUCUCAUGGCCUCGUUCGUACCUCCGCCGCCGCCCUCCGCCGCGUCGCUGCCGCCGCUGCCGGGAUGUUUUGCUUCAUUUGAGAUGGGGAAUUAACCAAUGAAGCUAAUAAUUUUUUAAA